UGUACACAGCUUUGUUUUUGUUUACAUCUUUUAUAAGAGCCUUAAGAUCUAUUUAUUAUUGAUUUCUAAUAGUUAUUAGCACGCAGCCAUGCUGCAUCCUUUGGUUCGCGUCAGCCGCUUGUUGCGGCGUUUCUAUGGAACGAAACUAAGCGAUCACCAGGCGGCACUGAUGGCGCGCGGAUUGCCCAAAAGAGAGCCCAUUAGCGGCGUCCAGGACAUCAUUGUGGUGGCCUCCGGUAAGGGCGGCGUGGGAAAGAGCACCGUCGCCGCAAACUUCGCCUGCAGCCUGGCCAGACUGGGCAAGCGGGUGGGCCUGUUGGACGCGGAUAUCUUUGGCCCCAGCAUACCGCUGCUGAUGAAUGUGCACAGCGAGCCGCUGGUGAACGAUCGAAACAACCUGAUGAUUCCGCCGCAGAACUACAAUGUCAAGUGCCUGUCGAUGGGCAUGCUUACGCCACCGGAUGGCUCCAUCAUUUGGCGCGGCCCAUUGGUAAUGUCCGCCGUUCAGCGGCUUUUAAAGGGCGCCGAAUGGGGACCGCUGGAUGUUCUCGUUGUGGACACACCGCCGGGCACGGGCGAUGUCCAUCUGUCGCUGUCCCAGCAUGCACCCAUCACGGGCGUCAUCUUGGUUAGUACACCGCACACGGCAGCCGUCCAGGUGACCGUCCGCGGUGCCAAAAUGUACGAGAAGCUGGGCGUACCCAUCUUUGGUCUGGUGGAGAAUAUGCGGUACUCCAUCUGCGAGAACUGCAGUCAGCGCAUGGAGUUUUUCAAGGACAGCACUUGUGCCCGCUCCCAAGAGGCACUGCCGCGUAAGCUCAUCUCCCUACCCCUCGACCCGCACAUAGCCGAGUGCUGUGAGACUGGUGUUCCGGUGGUCAUCAAGCAUCCCGACAGCGACUACUCCAAACUCUUCACUCAGCUGGCUGGGGACAUUACAGAUAUUCUGGAUAAGCAACCAAAGGUAGCCGACAAGGAUAAGGCAACGGGUGGUGGGAACUCUGAAGGCUGACUCUAAAUAUUUUUGUUAAUUGUUACAAUUUGAGUCGACUUUACAUUUAUUUUAUAAAUAAAACUCACAUCAGCCAAUGAUCUUACUGAACAA